AUGCCGCGAACGCGGGCUAGAUGUCCCGUAUGUCAGCGAGGUCCAUAUCAAUUGGGGAAUCUUUACGACCAUUUAAGAUUUGUUCAUUGGUGGAAAAAGGACAAAGUAGACGAGUUGAAGAUAAAAAUAAAAAACACAAAGUUUGAAGGAAGACAAAGUGUCGAAUGUGAAUGUGGAAAAAUCUAUUUUUCUGUGCAUGGUUUACGAGUACAUAGAGAGAAGCAACAUGGUCAAGUUGUACAUCAUUCUUCGAAUUACUUCCCGGUUACAUGCCCAGCAUGUCUCAAGGUUUUUCGUACUGGAGAAGAACUGGCCAUGCACUGCAAUGAAAUGCAUAGGCAGCAGGGUGGACAGGACUUUGCUAUGAUCCAGGGAACAUUUCCAUCCCACGAAGAAUUUGAGGCAUGGAUUGACUCAGUAGAAAAGCUGACCAAGGUUGGAUUCACCAAGCGAACUUCGAGAAUGUGCAAAGAUGGUCGUAACCAUAUUUUUGUAUGCAGACAUGCAAGAGGCAAAGGUGCUGAAGUGGAUCCGAAAGAGAUGAAACAGCGUUUCAAGAAAAGCGACCGAGUUUACUCCCACUGUCCAGCAUUUAUACGAGUGAGUUCAGUUUUUUCUAUCAUUGAGAACGGCGAGAGGUGUAGUCGAUUCCUAAUACAAGAUAAUCUGAACAACCUGUGGGAUGGUGGCGGCGGCGCGGACGCCGAUUCUAAUACAACGCUUUGAAU